AUGUCUCACCCCCGAGUCGAAGAAGUCGAAGACUCUGACCCAGAAAUCGACGACCCCACCGACUUCCUUCCGGACAACGACCUUCAGAUCAUACGGCCGGCCGUUCAGCCUUCACAGACAGCUACUUCGAGCCAGGCCCCUUCAAAAGCACCCCAAGGACCUAAUCCUACACUAUUUCGCCCACCGCCACCUUCUCAGGGCACAUUACAACAACAAUCUCGGGACAAUUUCAAGACCUUCCAAACCAUCUACCCUGUCUACUUCGAUAGUUCGCGGACACGAGCCCAAGGUCGGCGCGUGAGUUCCAAACUUGCCAGUCCAAAUCCAUUAGCAUACAAUCUCCUCGCAGCCGCUCAAUAUGCCUUUGGAGACUCGAACCUGCCCAUGGCCUUUGAGCCAGACAAGACACAUCCAAAAGACUGGGCAAAUCCGGGCCGAGUCAGGAUACAGCUUUAUCAUAAAGAGACACGGAAGCCAUUACAUCCACAUAUCAAGAACAAGGCACACCUAUAUACCUACAUGGCCAAGUUUCUGAAGGAAACCCCCACGGAACGCGAAGACCCCCUCGAGUUGAAGAUCCAGGGACUACCAGUGCCCGAAAACUUCACAAAAACUGAGGUUGCAAAGCCAAGAGGCUGGAAGAUGGGUUCGAUAUUGCCUGUACACUCAGCAGCCGUCAGUGGAGGAGGUGUCAAAGACGAUUUCUUCAAGGAGGCCAUGGAAGAGCUCAGACAGGCGCAGAGUUCUGGACAGUUACCCGCCGGUAUGCCUGGCGGUGGAGGCGGAAUGCCUGAUAUGAGUGCUCUUCAGAGUAUGAUGGGAGGCUUGGGAGGAAUGGGUGGCUUAGGUGGUGGUGAUUCAGGCGGCGGAGGAGGGAAGAAGAAAAAGGAAAAGAAGAAGGGUUGA